GGUGGUCUUGGAACAGUCAUAUGACUGUUUUAUUUUGAUUUUGGGUAUUUAAUUCUUCGGAUGAGAAACAGGUUAGGCUAGCUACAUAAUUUACAUUACAUUAAAGCAACUUAUUAUGGUGUUCCGCGGUGAAUAUACAGCACUUACGGUCGUGUACAGUAGGCUACAGUACACCCAGCUACGUAUACGCAGUUAUUCAAAUUGCAACUAACGUAUCUAGCUAACGUUAUCCGCACUUUAGGCUACUUAGAAGUCGGGACAAGGGUUUUACAGUUUUCAUAAAAAUGGUAUUCUAAACCAGAGCACCCGUUUCUGUGCAAGUUGGCCUAUGUAUAACAUUAUGUAUUACUACUGUACAUUUAUGUUUGUCGCGGCGAAUCUUCUGAAAUGCGGGAAUUCCCAGGCAACGUUACCAAAUUUCAUUCUCAUAUUCGCCGACGAUUUGGGAUUUGGAGACUUGGGUAGCUACGGGCAUCCGAGUUCAGUGACUCCCAACCUGGAUAAACUAGCUUCCAAAGGGCUUCGUUUCACCGACUUCUAUUCCUCCAGUCCCGUCUGUAGUCCAUCCAGGGCAGCCCUGCUCACUGGUCGCUACCAGACGCGCUCUGGAAUAUACCCCGGUGUGUUCUAUCCGGGCUCAAAAGGAGGUCUCCCUCUGAACGAGACGACCAUUGCGGAAGUUCUGAAGCCCCUGGGCUAUGCGACUGCCAUCAUCGGCAAGUGGCACUUGGGGGUGGGGCCUAAUAGAAUGUACCUCCCCACCAAGCAGGGUUUUGACCACUUUCUUGGCGUGCCCUACUCCCAUGACCAGGGUCCCUGUCAGAACCUGACCUGCUUUCCCCCGGACAUUAAGUGCUUUGGGCUGUGCGACCAGGGCUUGGUUGCAGUCCCGCUUAUGGCCAAUGACACCAUUAAGCAGCAGCCAAUCAACUUCCUGGAUCUGGAGAAGGCUUACAGUGACUAUGCCACCCAGUUCGUAUCCGUGUCCGCCAGAAGAAAGCAGCCAUUCUUCCUGUACUAUCCCUCACACCACACACACCGGCCCCAGUUUGCAGGGAAGGGGGCGGCUGGAAAAUCUCCCAGGGGGCCGUUUGGGGACGCCCUGAUGGAACUAGACAGCACCGUGGGAAACCUCAUUCAGGCCCUGGAGGACCACGGGGUUCAGAACAACACCUUUGUGUUCUUCACCUCAGACAAUGGGCCGUCUUUACUGCGAAUGUCCAACGGGGGUAACGGGGGCCUCCUUAAGUGUGGGAAGGGCACCACUUACGAGGGGGGCAUGAGGGAGCCUGCCAUCGCCUACUGGCCCGGGGCAAUCAGACCAGGUGUUACACAUGCACUCGCCAGCACCCUGGACCUCCUGCCCACCAUUGCAGGGCUGGCCGGGGCAAAGCUACCCAGAGUGCAACUGGACGGCUUUGACAUGAGCGACAUCUUAUUCAGACACGGACCGAGUAAGAGGGAAGCCAUGUUCUACUACCCAAUGUUCCCAGAUGAGGAGCAUGGGCUGUUUGCGGUCCGGCUUGGGAGAUACAAGGCUCACUACUACACACAAGGCUCAGUGCUGAGUAACACCACCCCAGAUAAGGACUGUCACGAGACCGCCCCCCUCAUGCACCACGACCCCCCGCUGCUCUUCGACCUGGAGGCCGACCCCUCGGAGGACUACAACCUGGCCACGCCCGAACACCCCGAGCACCAGGCCGUGCUGCAGCUGCUCCGGGACGUGAAGGCCGAGUUCGAGGGGGGCAUGGUGUUCGGGGAGGCCCAGGUGGGGAGAGGGACCGACCCGCAGCUGGAGCCCUGCUGCACACCGCAGUGCACCCCCAAACCCGCCUGCUGCGCCUGCGGCUAGAAUAACACGGGGCAGGUACCGAGACCAGAACCGAGCAGAACCGAGCGGCGCGAGACACAACUGAGACCAGAACCGACCAGAACCGAGCAGCACAAGACACAACCACAGGAUGGGACCGAGAGACUGUGGACCCUCUUAAUCAGCUACAAAAACUAGCCCACGCGCACUUCAGCUUCUCACUGGUGCUCCUGAACUGAGCACGUCCUGUCUCACAGGGACUGACCCACACCAACCGCAAAGACAGAGGAGAUGCAAAUCCUGUAUCCAGCAGUGUUGGAGAACUAAAAUCCCAAGGUUGUCCGUAUAAUAUCUUGAGUUAACAAUGAUUGCCAAAUCAGCUGUAAGUGGAGAAUGAGAGCAGUUCGUUAUUUUUUUAAAAAUAAGUAAAGUAAAGCCAAAAAUUUGACGUUCC